AAUGUGUCAUUAUUGUCAUUGCUGACAGGUGAUAAAAUGUUGAAUUUUAUGGAUAUCUUUUUUGUUUUACUUAAAAAUUCCUAAAGAAGUCAUUAAAAAUGAAGAAUUUUUUUUAAAUGUGUCUUAGUAAUUAUUAACAAUUGGCAUGGUUUUUUUUAUUAUUAAAUUUAAUUACUAAGAUAAAAAUUUAUUUAAGUUUUUUAUAAAUUAAUUUAAAUUCAAUUUACAAUGGAAGGAACGUUAAGUAAAUGGACUAAUGUAGUAAAAGGAUGGCAGUAUCGCUGGUGUGUUUUGGAUGAUAUUUCCGGGACUUUAUCUUAUUAUACUACUAGGGAAAAAAUGAUUCGUGGAGUUCGUAGAGGUUGUGUUCGUUUGAAAGGAGCAAUAAUUGGUAUUGACGACGAAGACAAUCUUACAUUUACCGUAACAGUAGAUGGUAAAACAUUCCAUUUUCAAGCAAGGACUCGAGCUGAUAGAGAAUUAUGGAUACGAGCUUUAGAAGAUAUAGUUCAAAAACAAUUAUAUGGUUACACAGUUAAUCAAAUACAAGUUAAUAAUGACAUUGUUGUACCAACUUUGGAAGCUUUUGAUAAAAAAUUGGGCGAAGCUGAUGCUUAUUUACAACUUUUAAUUGAACAAGUUAAGAAGUUAGAGAUAAAAAUGUGUGUAGUUAGUGAAGAAGAUAAAGUGCAUUGUGAAUGCAUAUUAUUACAAACUAAUAAAUUAAUGGAUCAAGUGAAACAUUCUAUUGUUAUGUUGCAAAUUGCAAAGAACACAGCAUUCCCUCCUAAUGGUGCAUAUAGAACUACUUCUGUGUCAACUGACUAUGAUUUUCCAAGUUUAGAAGGAAGUAUAGAAUAUGGCACCGAGUGUGAAGAACAUUCAAGAAGAGAUUCUCAACCUUUAGAAAGUGAUGUUCCAGAAGUUUCUUACUCUUCAUCAGAAGAUGAUUUUUAUGAUGCUUAUGAAGAUGAAGAGGAAUGGUCUAAAACAAAUGAAGUUGAACCUGUACCUGCGAUGCGCCGUAAAUACAAAAAUAGAUUGAAUAUUAGUGGAAAUGAUGUAACAUUAGAAAAAUCUAAUGAAGUUAUUCCAGGUACAUCUGCUUUAAGUGAAAUGCCAUUAGAUACUACUGACCAAAAGUCUUCAAUUUUUUCAAAAAACAGGAAUAAUACUAAAGAAAAUGUAUUACCUACUUAUCCUGAUGGUUCUAUAGAUUAUGAUUCAAUUUAUGAAGAUCAAGAAGAAUCAGAUGUAACUAUGCAAGGAUCAGUAGUUACUCAUUUAAUAUCUCAAGUGAAGAUUGGUAUGGAUCUAACUAAAGUAGCUUUACCGACUUUUAUACUAGAAAGACGUUCAUUAUUAGAAAUGUAUGCUGAUUAUUUAGCUCAUCCUGAUUUAUUCCUUAAAGCUAAUGAUUUAAAUACACCUGAAGAAAGAAUGCUUCAAAUAGUGCGAUGGUAUUUGUCUUCUUAUCAUGCUGGACGAAAUUCUUCUAUAGCCAAAAAACCAUAUAACCCUAUACUUGGUGAAGUUUUUCGUUGCCAUUGGGAUGUUCCUGAAAUUAAUAAAGUAAAUUCCAAACAGUCAAAUGAGACAACAUUACAAACAAAUUCAGAUGUAAUAAGUAAUGAUGAAGAAAAUCCAUUACCUUGGACAGACGGAAAUCAAUUAAUAUUCUUAGCUGAACAAGUAUCACACCAUCCUCCUAUAUCUGCUUUUUAUGCAGAACAUAAAGGAAAAGAAGUGUCUCUUUGUGCUAAUGUUUGGACCAAAUCCAAAUUUCUUGGUUUAUCUGUUGCUGUGCAUAAUGUUGGACAGGGUAUCGUAAGGCUUUUAAAACACAAAGAAGAAUACAUAUCAACAUUUCCUAGCGGAUAUGGAAGAUCGAUUUUAACUGUGCCGUGGAUAGAAUUAGGAGGUUCUGUAACAAUAACUUGUCCACAAACUGGCUAUCAUUGUAAUAUUGAAUUUCUAACAAAACCAUUUUAUGGUGGAAAGAAACAUCGUAUUACAGCUGAAGUUUUUGCACCAAAAGCAAAAAAAGCAUUUGUAUCUAUUAAUGGUGAAUGGAAUGGCUCGAUGGAAGCUAAAUAUACAGAUGGGAGAAUAGAAACAUUUGUAGAUACAAAAGCUAUUGAAGUAACUAAAAAAAGAGUACGUAAGGUUUCUGAACAAGACCCUAAUGAGUCAAGAGUAAUUUGGAAAGAAGUAACAUUAGGACUUAAAAUUGAUAAUGUUGAUAAGGCUAGUCAAGCUAAAGCUGAAAUAGAACAAAAACAAAGAAAUGAAGCAGAAUUGAGAAGAGAAAGAGGUGAACCUUGGAUUCCAAAAUGGUUUAUUCAAAAUGGUGAAAGCUGGGAGUAUAAAAAUUCAUUAGAAAAACGAUUAGAUGUCACUUUUACUUCACAUCCUUCUUGACCUAAAUAAAUUAAUAAAAAAACAAUUUUUUUGUUUUUAAUUAUAAAAUUCUAUAUAUUAUAAUUACAGAAAAAUUUUAAUUAAUCAAUAUACUUCUGUUCCAAACUUUUAAUCCAUCGACCUCUUCUUAAAAAAAAAAUUGGCAAUUAACCAAUUUUGUUGCAAUCAAACUUAAAUUAUAAUAAUUUAUAGUAUAUUGUGUAUAUUAAACAAAAAUAGUGAAAUUAUUAUUUCAUUAUAUUAUUGUUACCUGUGUCUAUGUUAACUGCAUAUUAGAUUUUUUGAAUAUGUAACUGUUACAUAAGUAUUGCUAGCAUAUUUAGAUUUUUAAGUUUUGGUACUGAUUUUGUUUGUUAUUAUUUUAUAUAAUAUAAUAUUAAGUCCCCCGUGAAAUCUGUUUACAGUUUAUAUUCUUUAUUAUAUCUAAACAUUAAUUAAUGUAGUGAUUAAUUUUCUAUGCAAUGUGGCAAAGGAGAACAACAUAAUCUUUAUAUUUCCAAUUUUAAUGUGAUUAAUAUUAGUUAUGAAUUUAAUUUUGUAAUUUGUUAAAUAAAAUAUCCUUAAAUAAUUUAUUUUUAUUUUUCUAAACAAUUAUAAAAAAUUUUAAGGUAAUAUAAUUUGUUCUAUAUAAUUAUUUAAUGUGUGAUUUGUAAAAAAAAACCUGAAAAAUAUUUUAUUAUUCAUGAUUUAUUGAAUUUGUAUAUAAUGUUAAUUACCAAUUGAUAAAAUGAAACAGUUAUAAUAAUACUUGUCGAAAGAUAGUAUAUUUAUGUUUAAAAAUUCAUAACAUUAAAAAAAAAAAAACAUAAUUCAUAAAACCACAUAGUGCAAUAUGUUAUUUCUAUAUGUAUUUUUUUUUAUUAAAUAAGCAUUUUUUUACAAAAUUAUUUUUUAUAGUUAAUAUAUUCAAAUUAAAACUUCAUCCAAUUACUUAACCUUAUUUAUGCAAUCAUGUUUUCACCAUUUAUUAAUUUUAUACUGUGUCUACUUUAUUUAUUGUUAAAUAAUAAAUGAUUAAUAUUGUUA